UUCGGACCCCGGACUCCACAGACCUUUUUAUUUGUAUUUUUCUUUCUACUUAAUAAAAGUCAAAACUCUAACCUUUGGUUAGGGCUUUGUAGAUAGACUGUCAAAAGUCCUUUUUAAUUUUUUCUUGCCUCCACUGAGUCAACGAGAAGAUCAAACUCCUUCGUUAGCCUGCAGAGGUGGCCAAGCGUGAGCUGGAUCAGGAUGGGCAGGAUGUGGAUGUUCUGGAUUCUGUAUCUGCUCGCUCUCUCUGCUCAGAGCACCUCUGGCAUCAGGACCCUCAAUAGCACAAGGGACCUAGCAGACAACAACAUUGCGUUUGGCAAGACAUUCCCCAGACACGGUUUAAAACUGCUCUACUGGCUGACACAUGACCUCCAGUGCGAUCAGAACAAUGUCAUACAGCUGAGAAAUCUCGAACAACAGGAAAACAUGAACCUUGACAGCCGUCCUUACGGCUUUCAUAUGUAUUGUAAUCGUGAAGAAUGUCUCCCUCCUAGUUUAAAUCCCUAUUAUACGUUGGGGAACCUCAAUAACUUGAAAUUCCCUCACACCAUAGAGCUUCCUAGUUAUGUUAGAGAUGACUAUGACAACAACCGGAACAACAGGUUAAGCAACAGGGACAGAGUUGUGGUCGAGGUAGACACCCCGAGCACGGAGGACACCCCGAGGCGUGUGAUCGCAGUCUACAUCACGGAACACUAUGAUCAACAAAACACCUACAGGUUAAGCCCCCAGCUCCUGAGAGAGAUUCGGAGCAUCACAAGUCAGGAAGAAUUCUUUAGGCAGGCAGGCUAUGACUUUGAUGGACUAAAGAAAUAUUAUUCCAAAAACUUCAACUGCAAAUUCCCAGAUGAACGAAGCUCUAUCAUUAGGCAUUUCCAGCACUCAGUUCCAGGGUGUAACACACAUGAGGUUGUGUCACUAGAGGUGACAUCCAGUGACACGGCUAACGCCAGGAUCACAUGGAGCAACAUCCCAGACACCACUCUGAGCAAAAACCUGUAUGUGAGGCUCUUUGCCAACAUGGACAGUACUGAGUGUCUCUCCAGCUUCAGGGUAACAGAGCCGUCUGGAUCCAUAGACACCAGCGUGCGUCUGGAUAACAGGCUGCAGGUCCGACUGAGGGAAUGCCGGUUUGAUAUGAGUUGGUUUGGAACUGAUAUCUGGAACGGCCCUGAGUUUGAUGAUGCCAAUAAGAAGUUACCAACUCAAGUGCUUGGAUACAACGCCAGUCUGCAGCUGUUUGUUAGAGAGGGUAAAGCCUGUGCCCGCCUCUACAUCAGUGGGGCCUUCAGUGACUGGAGGAGCACAUUUUACUACGCAUGGGUGGGGUUCUACCAGAGCAGCGGAGAUGGACACAGCAGCUAUGGAACAUGGCAAUGGGCCACCAAGUUCAAUAAAAAUACCCAGACACAAAUAAAAGAACAACACACAUCUUUGAUAUACGAGUAUGACUCUGGAUUAGAUGUGGGGCCCGGUUUCCAGGCUCGGUUCUUCCUCCAAAAGCCUGUCGGCAGUGUUCUGGCCUUCACAGUGCCCUGGGGGAGGGAGGCCACCAAGCAGAUUCACAACAACGUGGGGGGUUAUGAUGCCAGUCUGCAUCUCACUGCUAGUGGCGGUUACGCCCUUGCCCGCCUCUACAUCAAAAGAGACUUCACUAACUGGGGGGAUGCGUUUUACUACUCAUGGGUGGGCUUCUAUGAGAGCAGCUCUAAACAGAACUCCAGCUACUACACCUACCAGUGGGUCACCAAGUUUACGCAGAAUGAGGAGCAGUGCACAGAGGAGUACCUGGCUUACGAUUACACGUCUAGCAUGACUAUCGGCCUCUGGGAGGAAGCCCGCUUCUUCCUGACUAAAGAUUACUCCACUAUGAUAGGCCGAGCUGAACUUGAUUUGAACCCGCCUCUUCUCUCCGGGUGUGGAUAGUAUGGUGCACUAGAUAGGAGCAGUGGCCAUGCAUAGGUGGCAAGCUACAGUGGGGUCGGACAACUAAUCCACCCCAGGGGCAAAUUGCACUUUUGUGUCUCAUGCUUAUGCAUUCUAGGGAGGGUCAGGAGAAAAUGGGAGUUUUGCGUAAAAAGAUGGGAGGUGAAAUGUAAAUUGUGCCUAAUCAGGUAUUCCCCUGCAGGAGAGAGUGGGGUGAUUUGUGCCUAAUCAGGUAUUCCCCUGCAGGAGAGAGUGGGGUGAUUUGUGCCUAAUCAGGUAUUCCCCUGUAGGAGAGAGUGAGGGUGAUUUGUGCCAGCGGGGAAGUUGUGCCCCCCCCAUCUCUAGGGAACCAUAGCAGUAAUUGGUCUUGUGACCAUACACUAUUGAAGACCCAGCCAUUUACGUCUGAAUACAUACUUGUCGCCUGUACAACACAAUGAUGUUGAAAUACUUCAUAUAAAUUUAACUUAAUCAAUUUCAUUGAAAUGGCUUGAUCAAAUUGGGUUAUCACAGCAUGAAUCAGUUUCAUAAACCUGGACAUUUCAUUCAUGUGUAACCAAUGUAUAUUCAUGUAAUAAAAUCAAGUAA